AUGAAUGGUGAUCAUUUCGAAAAAUGGUUAGAAAGUGUUCUUCUGAGGAAAAACAGCGUAAUCGUGAUGAACAAUGCUUCUUAUCAUUCAGUAAAAAUGGAGAAAAUUCUUACAACUUCUUGGACUAAAAAGUCUAUUCAAGAAUGGUUAUCCCAAAAGCAUAUUUCCUGGGAUAAAGACAUGAUUAAAAUUGAACUUUUGCAGAAAGUUUCUGAAGUGAAACAUUUUUAUGUCAUAUAUCGAAUAGAAACUAUUGUAGAAAAAUAUGGGCAUACAAUUUUGAGAUUGCCACCUUACCACAGCGAGUUAAAUCCUAUAGAGAUGAUUUGUAGCCAAAUUAAAGGACAUGUUGCGCGCGAAAAUAAAACUUUUAAGCCGAAUGAUGUAAAGGAGCUCAUAACCCAAGGAAUACAAAGAGUAACAAUUGACAAUUGGAAAAAAUGCAUCAACCAGGUAACAACAAAAGAGAAAGAAAUGUGGGAAAUUGGCCCAGAGGCCAUUCCGUCCUUGUCAAGGGGAGUGCUAACCUUCUCUGAAAUCAUUAGGGAAGGGAUGGAUGAAGGCUGGGAUACCGGAGCAGUGUUUCUGGACAUCGCAAAGGCGUUUGACAGGGUCUGGACAGACGACCUGUUAUACAAACUGAUCAAAUACACAUCACGUCGUCGAUAA